GUUGCGCAUGCGCGUGUGUAUGCGUAUCAGGACACCGCUGGUUGUAAUAGAAAUUAUGGCCGUCGAGAUGCAGACGGAUGAUUUUCCUUAUUUACCUUCGGGGCUGGCGGAGGGUAUGGCUUGUUACUAAUUGAACGUUUAUUUUAAAAGAACAUUGUGUCAAUGCACUCACUGGUGGGGAUAAUCACGCUUAAAAUGCCUGUGUUGCCGUUAGCUUCCCGUAAGCUAACGUUAGCCGGCGUUGCAGUGUGAGCGGAACGGGUUUAUUAAACUAUGCUAAAAUAAGCUAGCUUUAGCCGUUUCGUCUCCAAGGUCGACGAGAGCAUAUCUCCAUCCGAUGUGGCUUCAGAAUGAUUGUGAAUCAGUUCCUCUGCCUGUGGACAAAUGGAGACUGAGGGAGGCAUCUUUAGUAAAUAAGAUGAUAAAGGAGCACAGCGACCUGUUUUCUGACUCCCAGUGUAAAGUCUGCAGUGCUGUCCUAAUUUCCGAGUCUCAGAAGUUGACUCAUUAUCAGAGCAAGAAACAUGGCAACAAAGUGCGCCGUUAUCUUUCCAUGCAGAAUGAGAAGGAGCCAGCGCUUAAAAAGUUGAAGUCGUCAUCAUCUGACAGUGACUGUAACAACGGAGACACUGACCGGUCCAAGGUGUGUCAUGUUUGUAACAUGACCUUCUCUUCUCCUGUGGUGGCCGAGUCUCACUACCAGGGCAAAGUUCACGCCAAGAACCUGAGGCUGAAAGCCGUUGGUCCCCAGACCCCAGCAGUAGCCUCCCAAACACCACCAACCGCUCAGCCGAAGAAGAAAGCUGCAGAUGAUUCGAGCAGUGUGCCGGCGACGGACAACAACGACAACCCGGACCGCUUCUGCUCCAUCUGCCAGGCCUCCUUCAACAACCCGCUCAUGGCCCAGCAGCACUACGUGGGCAAGAAACAUAGAAAACAGAUGACCAAGCUGAAACUGAUGGAGACGUACGGCCCCUCCACAGCACCAGCUUCCACACUAAAGGGCUACCCAUGCACCAUCUGCAACAUUGAACUAAACUCUGUGGAACAGUACCAGUCUCAUAUCAGUGGUGCCAAGCAUAAGAACCAAGUGAAGAAAUCGGGCCUGAACACUGCAGAGAACCAAGACGCAGCAGAACAAUCGUAUGGGGGCGACAACCAGUACACUGCCCCAGACGACCAGUACACUGCCCCAGAUGACCAGUACUCUGCCCCAGACGACCAGUACACUGCCCCAGAUGACCAGUUUGCCCCUGGUGACGACCAGUUUGGCACUGCAGAUGCAGAUGAGCACUACACAGCCGGAGGUAACCAGUACGCUCCAGAGGACACGGAGUACUCAGAGGAGUACCAGUUCACUUGAGGCUUGGCUUGUAGAGACUGUAGAGGCUUCAGUCAGGACUUGGAAUGACACACAACAACCAGCCCCUUUAACACAUUAACAUCAACCUCCAUAGACCUUCAGCUCCUGCUAGAGUCUCUUCUCAGUAGGUUUUCCCCUGAAACAGGAGUCCUCUAAACCACAGGACCCUGGAAUACCCCAACGUGGAUUUUAUCAUUUUGGGUUCCCAACUGAAACUGUUAUGUGUGUGGGUGUUUUAUUUUUUUUUAAAUUUAGUUUUCUCCUCUAAUGAAAAAAGUUUCUGAUGUGUGGCUAGAUGAAAUGAUGUUUAGCAGUUAUACUGUUCAACGUGUGAUCAUGGGUUCAGCAGCUGAUGUUUGUACCCACAAUCACAAUAAAGAAUGUCUUCAAGGGUUCACUGGCUUCUACUUCUGUUACAGACGUGUACUGACUGAAAACUAUUCUCUGUAUCAGUGUACAUUACGGCACGGUGUGAAAUAUGUCGAUACUGGUGCUGAUACGAUCAGUACCUUACUUUAGGAAUAUUAACAUGUUUUCUACAAAACCUUUUAUGUUAAAUGUUGUCUAUACAAAAGAAGCCAUUCAAGAACUGCUGUCUAAAACAGGCAAAAUUAUUAUUUAAAUUGGUAAAUACUGUAAGUAAAUAAAACUAUAAAUCUGACCACACAUUCUACGCCAGCUUUCGAUACUUUAUGCUACUGACAUAUUUUGGCCAGUGACAAAAAAGUAUUGAAGUGUGAAACCCAGCCUUAGUGUACACUCUAGGGAUGUCCCGAUCAAGUUUUUUUCCCGCCCGAUCAAGUCCUUUAAUAUUGGGAAUCUGCCGAUACAGACUCUGAUCCGAUACUUAUAUUUACUGACACACCUUAUUUUUCACAAGCUACUUGAUCCACAUACUGAAGGCCCUGGUUCAAAACUAUUAUGUUUCUAAACUGAAAUUAUUGAUAUAAUUUGAAUGAAAGCUUAAAUGGAGAAUUCGACUCCUGAAAUUGAGGUGACGUGAUCAGCUAGAUCAUUUAAAGAGAAGACGUAUUACUCUGUUAGAGUUGUGGGCAGGCUGAGAUGGACAGGACAGUAACAGGAAAGAACAGAUUACAGGAAAGAAAGGAUUGGAUUUUGAUUGGCCCCAAUACUAAUUCUCAGAAACGUGUUCGGGACAUUUCUAGUAUAUAAGUCAAAGUAAUAACAGGAGAGAGUCUAAGUCCAGGAACUUUGUUUAAAGUUUGGUUUAAUCCAGUCUAUCAGUCGGAUACAGUAGGUUAUUGAAUCAUUUAGCCCAUAACUAACAUGUAACCAAUACUAACAUCUCGUACCAGAGCCACACGUAACAUUCAAAGCAAAGCUGCUUUCCGGUUCACGUUUCUAGUUCUUCGGUUCACCUGAAUAUAGUUGACUUGCAUCUCCAGUGAAUAUAUUUAUUUAAACAUGUCCUCAUCUCCUUUCUCCGCUUUCUGCAAGUUUGAUUAUUUCUAAAUCUGGUGUUGAAGAUGCAGACAUUGGAAAAUAUGUGAAAUCAAACACAUUAGUAGUUGGACUUUAUGAGAACUUGGUUUGCAGUUUUACUUUUGUUUCUUUUAUCCUAUUUUAUUUAAAACCAAAAUAUCUCCCAGAAAUUUUUUUCAGUUGUUUUUUCAUUGAAAUAUUUGCUUGUUCUCUGUAAAUGAGUAUGAGAUAGAAACUUCACUAGAUUUUCUUUUUAAUUUUCUGGACAAAGCUGAUAUUUCUGUUCAGGUGGGCCAGAAUUGUUCUCAGUUCACCAGUUUUUUAAAAAUGUACUUAUUCUUGUUAGCUAUAGUUUUGUCUGUAAAAAGACCUAAUGUUUCUGUCAUAGCAUUGUGUUCCUGUUGACUGUAAGACAUUUUAUUUCCAUGUCUGUAGGUUGCAUAACAAAGGAGUAAACUGGUUUACUACAGGACACUAAAAAUAACGUGAGGAUGAAAAUGUUUAUGAGAGGCUCAUCAUUAAUUGAUGAAAGUUACAGAUGCUGGUAAAAGGGUUAUUAGCUUAAAUUAGACCCACUACUAUUUCAAAAAGUACCAGAAUUUGUCAACAAUAAGCAUUUUGUAGGAGUUUGUCAUUUUAUAUAAAUUGUUUUUUUUUCCAUUUUCAGGAGUCUGGACAGUGUUAAUUACAAAAUGGAGAGAUGAAAGGGAUUAUCUUCUCAUUUCAAAUGCAGUGGAUUUAUUACAGCUGUGAGUUAAUGAAAGUGUAAGUUUUUUUGUACUGUUGAGUUAUUUGCUUGGUUUAUUGAAGGGUUAAAGAUUUUUUUUAAUACUUUCCCUCUGAGUUGUCCAAAAUGGCGCUUUAUAAACUCUAGAAAAGACUGAUAGAUGCUCGCUGAGCUCUGUAAUUACUGUCAAUAGCAGAGAUUACAUUAUAUACCGCAGAGACUUUCAAGAGUGAUGUCAAAUUAGAAAGUGAUGUCAAUAUUAGAAUAACAAUACACUUUUUAAGUCCAUUUGUCCUCAUACAAGAUGACUGGUUGAAUAUUUUAGUAUUGAAUGUCUUCAACCUUCUGGCUAAAGAAACAUUUUUUUUUGGAUGUAAUUUAUACAAAGAGGGCUCAUACAUAUUGUACAGUACAUGGUGUAUAAAGGACAAAUGGCCUUUUUGUUUUCACCCUCAUCGUUUGUGUGUUAGGUGUUUUGUGAUUAAGAUUUACUUUCAGUAUAAGUUGUGUAUAACGGAAAAAAUGCUGCAAAGAUGUGCAUUAAGUAAAGAAAUGUUUUAAGACA